AUGCGCGACGAAAUCAAGAAAUCACGCACUAUCAACGUCCUACGAAGCAACCCGCCAGGAUAUGUAAGCGGAAACCUCCAGGGUUAUAUCAACAGCGUGUUUGGUUUCGAAGUGGCAGAUGGGGUGAAGACGAUGGAUAGUUUGACUAGAAGUACGGAAGAAAGUACGAGUUUAGGUGAGAAGGAUGGUAAUGUUUCGUCUGGUGAUUAUCUUACCCUCGCUUCUAAGAAGACGGCGGAUUUGAUGAAGAAUGAUUGUGCAUGGAUGCUUGAAGUGGAUCUGGAGAGAUUGAGGAAUAGUUUACAUUUUGAUUGUUUCAACGUCAUUUUCGUCGACGUUAAUUUGUGGAUUUUGCAUAAGUGA